CCCGCGGAGCCGACAUCUCACACCCCCUUUACCUGACGACGUGGCACGGCUGUUGUGGCACGGCUGUUGUACUCUAUUUCGUGAGCAGAUCCCCUAGAAACCUUGUGCACUUAACCUGUCGAAGUAUCAAUGAAGUUGCUGAAGGAUGGUUUUGUAUUUCCCCAUCAUGACCCCAGCAACCGGGGGCAACGUAUGGAUAUGGACACCGCCACUGUCUCGACACCGGCGCGCCAAAGCUUGGGGACUCGUCCUGCGGUGACACCGACACAAUCGGCCAAGAAGGAUGAAGACGAGAGGCGUAAGCGCCGAACCUCCGGACCGCGCGCGGUCGGCACAGACGCUCAGCAGGCCACACACGACUCCACGAAGGGGAAUGGGCCGAACUACCCUCGCGGGUUUAAACCAGGUAGGGAGGGAAGCGACGGGGCGAAGCUGCCUGUGUACAUGUUCCUCCAGCAAGGCGCCCUGGAGGAGGGCGUGCAAGAACACACCAC